AAUUUCUUAGAAGCUUAAAAUAAGAACGCAAGAGUAAUUAAAUUAAGAUCAUGUUGACCAAGUGCUUAGUCUUCUAAUUAGCAUUAACCUUCGAAAUAAAUAGACAGAACGUUUAUUUGUGAGUAUCUUAUUAAUCAAAUGAUUUCAUUUUUUCCUUCCAGUUGCGGCCGGUGAUCAGAUCCACAGCUUUAGACAUACCCGCUCAUGAGGCCACCCUCUAAUUUGCAGGUUGAUCUUGAGGGGAAUAUGAGUAUGGCUGCUGGGGGUUCCUCUUCUCACAUCACUUUGAAGAAGAUUAAAUAUGAUGUGUUUAUCAGUUUUAGAGGUGAGGAUACUCGUUCUAAUUUUACGAGCCAUCUUCAUAAUGCUUUUUGUCGAGCGAAAAUCAAAGCCUUCAUAGAUGAGGAUGAUCUCAAGAAAGGGAACGAAAUAUCACCGACGCUUUUGAGAGCAAUUGAAGAAUCAAAGCUUUGUCUAAUUAUUUUGUCGAAAGACUAUGCUUCGUCAAGAUGGUGCUUAGAUGAACUAGCACACAUUGUCCAUUGCAAGAAAACGGAUGGACAAUCCGAAGUUCUACCUGUUUUUUACAAUGUUGAUCCGUCAGAUGUACGAAAACAACAAGGAAGUUAUGCAGUUGCAUUUGCUAAACUUGAGGAGCGUUUUGAGGAUGAGAAAUUGCAAGCAUGGAGAGAGGCUUUGAGAAAAAUAGCCGAUCUAUCUGGUUGGGCUUCAAAUUCAUUUAGGUUUGAAUCCACUUUAGUUGACAAAAUUGUUGAUGAUGUAAUCGAGAAACUCAAAGAUAUUUCUAUGGCAAGGGAUGCUUAUUUGCAGGGCCUGUUUGAAGCUUGCAGUUUUCUUGAAAAUAUUCGAGAGGAAUCGAAGAAGCAUGAGCCAGAUCAUUUGAAAAAUAAACUUUAUUCCGAACUGUUGAAGGUUAGAAGUCCACAUAGCAUCAUGUUGCAGUUUGAAAAGGAAAGGCUCCGUCGGAAAAAGGUUCUAAUUGUCUUUGAUGAUGUAGAUGAUCCCCAACAACUAGAACAAUUAUUCAAUGCUUCAUGGUUUGGUCCCGAAAGUAGAAUUAUUGUAACAAGUAGAGAUCAACAAGUGCUUAGGAAUAUUGGAGUAAGUGGAACGUUCAAGGAAUAACAGUUCUCGUUGAUAAGGCUCUAAUAACAAUUUCUGAGUAUUCAAAUACAAUACGGAUGCACGAUUUGAUACAAAUGAUGGCUUUUGAAAUUGUGAGCCCUCGGUCUACUAAUCAAGAUCCCAAAAAAGGUAGUAGGCUCUGGACUGCAGAUGAUAUUUAUCAAGCACUAAAAAAUGACAGAGGAAUGGAAAUCAUUACAGGAAUAUCCUUGGAUACAUCAAAUUUUAAUCGAGAGAUUAGCUUGUCGCCAGCAACCUUUUCAAAGAUGUGUGAAUUAAGAUUGCUCAAAAUCACUGGUACUGGUAAAUUAUACCUUUCUCAAGGCCCUCUCAUUUUUCCUUACGCACUCCGAUAUCUCCACUGGGAUGGAUAUCCUUUAAAAUCAUUGUCAACAAAUUUUACUGCCGAGAUGCUCGUUAGACUUGACAUGCGCGGAAGCCAACUUGAGAAACUUUGGGAAGGUGCCCCGCAUUUAAAUAAAUUAAAAAGUAUUGAUCUCACAGGCUCCAUGCAACUCACUCAAGUUCCAGAUCUCUCACUGGUUCCAAAUAUUGAAAGCGUGAAUCUUAUGUUCUGUGCAAGUUUGAUUGAAGUUCCAUCAUGUUUUCAACAUCUUAACAAGCUUAAAAAGCUUGAAUUAACAGGCUGCCCAUAUCUUUGCAAGUUAUCAGGGCUUGCAAUGAAUUUAAUAACAUUAGAAGUGCUACCCAGACCCGUUAAGCGUGGGAGCAGGCGCUGUUUGGAAUGAAGUAACGGGUUUACAUGGUGUCUCUCUCCUGAAUUUUCUUCAAAGUUGGAGAGAUUUCCAGAAAUAUCGCAUCCUAUGGAAUGUAUUGAGACUCUCACAUUAGAUUCUUCAGCGAUCAAAGAGCUACCAUUUUCAAUCAAAAAUUUAACCGGGCUAAAAAAAUUAAGCCUGACAUUUUGCCAAAAUCUCGAGUUUCUUCCGGACAGCUUCCAUUGCUUAAGCUCUUUACAAGAACUUAGGCUUACUUGCUGCCGAAAACUUGAAUCACUACCAAGACUUCCUCUGUCUCUAUCAUUUAUUGAUGCGAGUUGCUGCACUUCAUUGAAGAAGGUGUCAAGUUCAAUAGACUUGGUUCAAAACUGGGAUGAUUAUUUCUUCAACAGUGACAAGUGCGAGCGGUACGUGACAAAAUUUUUGGGUUGUGACAUGUUGGAUGAGAAUGCACGCAAAGUUAUUAAUGAGGAAGCACGCGUCAGAAUUUUGCGCUUUGCAACUCUAUAUUCUAUAUUCAUGGAGGGUAAUGUCUCUCCUUUUUUGUUUUUGUUUUUAAUUCUAUUAGAGUCUUCUCCUCGUUGCUUAAUUAAGUACUAGUUAUGAUUCUGGUAGGAUUAUAAAACAAUAAUGGUCAUUAUUUUUGGGCACAACAACAGGACAAUGCUCAUUUUCUUUGGCCAGAAAGUAAAAUUCCGUAGUGGUUCAGUCAUAAGAGUGAGGG